GUUUGGUUCAGUUUAUAUAUGGUAUUCGACUUUAGAGUUUGCCCGAAGACUGUCAAUUUUAAAAUACGGGUGCUGUUUAAACUAGGUUUCUUUAAAGAUGAAAAGUUUUAUCAUGAUAUUGCUCACAUUUGCCUAAAGCCACUAUUGAUUGAGCCAAAGGCGAAAGUGGAACAGGACGUCUUCAGUUGCCCAAAGAGCUGCGUGUGUCAAUAUGCCGCCUUCGAAAAAUUGCCUAUUGUUCGUUGGGUUAAACAUUACAAAGCAAUCGGUGGUAAUAAGGACGAUUACUCAAAACUUACAAAACUGGCAACUUGCCUUCUGCAGCCGAAUGGUGAGACGCAGAAACUAUUGGAUUCACUUCCCUCCGAUUUGCAAGCUUUGAUUUUACUGUACACAGGUGGCAAUCAAGAAAAUAAAUUAUCAGUAAAUGCUAGCGACUUUGGCAGACUUCAACAGUUAACAUCUUUGGAGUUUCGAGGACCGGGUGCAACAAUGGUCAUUGAUGAGCCCAUGGAUUUCUUGCAGCAUGCUAAUUUUGAGCAGAUUCAGUUGCACGCCAGCGAUACGCUGCAGCGCCCCAAAUUUGCGAAAUUUCCCAGUGAAGAUUACGACUACAAGCCGCCCAGUGAACUCCUUUCAUACAACAACAAAUAUCCGCUUCAAUUUAUAAAUUCUUCCGCAGAAAUUAUAACUUAUGAGCAGCACAUUCAACGUCUAAAGCGGACGCGAAUGCCUUGUUUCUAUGGAUGGUCACGUUUAGAAGUAUUGCGCAUCCACAAUUGUGAUCUGAAUGAGCUGCAUUGGCAAAUGUUUGACGGGCUGACCCACUUGAGACACUUAAGUCUGGAAGGAAAUAACAUCCGAGAGAUACCGCCAUUUGCGUUUUCUGGGGCUUUCCAACUGAAAAGUAUCUCAUUGGCCCACAAUUCACUGGAACGAUUGCACUAUUUUGGUUUAGCCGGAUUGCUUCAGCUAGAAACACUAAAUCUGUCUGACAACCAGCUGGAUCAAUUGAGUGAACUAAGUUUCCCACCCCUUCCCAAACUACUAAUGGCCGACUUGCAAGGCAAUCCAUUGAAACACAUUUUACCGGCUACAUUUUGGGUGAUGAACGCCACAAGAGAGCUCUAUAUAGGGAGUGAUAAAGAAGCUCUUAAUUUACGGACUUGGAACUUUUAUGGGCAAUUCGAUUCCCUCCAUAAGCUAAGAACGCUUAAACUAGGUAAUGUUACCACGGAAGCAUUGGAGCACGGCGUAUUCAUGGGUCUCCACAACUUGGAAUGUCUUACACUACGCGGCACUAUCAAAAGUCUACAAUUUGACGUGUUUACUGGAUUAAAUAUGCUAAGGGAGCUUGACUUAAGUCACUGCAUGAUUAGGGAACUAUCCAUGGACGCAUUAGUGGGCGUGAAACAGCUGCAGCUUCUCAAUUUAAGCUACAACAAUCUCACAAAUGUUCCGCCAGGUUUGCUGGAUGAUCAGCUUGAGCUGAAAGAGGUUCAACUACAAGGAAACCAACUAACAUUUUUACCUCUUCAAUUUUUUAAUUUGCCACGCGUCAGGGUUGUCCGCCUCGAUCAGAAUCCCUGGCAGUGUACAUGCCAGAUGAGCAGUUGGGUGGCACAUUUAACCAAUGUAAUGCGAGGGUCUAUGAAAGAGAUAUGCGUCAAAGGUAACGAUAAUACCCUAUCAUGUAGAAAUGUGACUACAUAUAAAAUAGACAAAACUCUUGCACCACGAUGCGCUAAUUAUAACGGACGCAGUGUCUACUAUGUCCUUCGAAGGCAGAUAAACUGUGGCGCCAUAAAAAUCAUUCAACCCUCUUAUCAAAGCCCAGGGUUGCCGCACUGGCGAAAAGUACAACUGCAAGGAAUAAAUUUGAGGCCUAUGAACCGAAAUCAACAAAAUAUUUCACAUAAAAAACAAGCAAAUAGUCUAUUGUUCGUCACAGGGCAAGAUAAAGUGCUGUCCAAGUCUCAACCCUCUUCUUUGAAUAUAUUCAAUAAUAUAUAAUAUAUUUACAUAUAUAUUGUGGUAUGAUUAAAACUUAUAUAUGGUCACCCUGUUGGUAAUGUUAGUAUCUUAGAUAUUUAAGUUAUUGUUUAUUUACUUGGACUUAGGAAGCCAUAUUAAGUUGAAACCAAACAAAAAUUCCUAUUAACGAUGUGAGAUAAAAGUGACAAUGCCACCUCCAACUUAAAAAAUUGCGGAUAUUACAUUUUGUGACGAUUAAUAAUAACAUUAAGCAAAUGUACAUUACUUAUUAUAAGUUAUUUAUUCGGCACGCUAAACACAAAAUAAAUUAGAAGUUUUUGCUUUAGACUCACAUGGUACAAUUAAUUUUUUUUUUUUUUUUUUUUUGUAUACAAAUAUUUUAAACGUUUUUGGCACUUUUAAAAUUCGUACUAAUAUUAAUAGUUAAUAUUUAUAUUAAAUUUAUGAAGAUUUUGUAUGUAUCAGGAAGUUUGCCGGUUUUUUCGAUAAAGAAAACACUCAAUUCUCAAGAGAAUGUGAAAAAUUUGUUAUUCAAAGUAUUGACCGUUGGCUUCUACACAUUUCGCCCAUCUUUCAGGCAAAUUAUGGAUACCAUUCCAAAACAACUUUUUUUCUUACGAAAUUGGCAAAGAGCUGCUCUGCCAGUGAGUGUCCCAUCGAUGCAAAAAGGUGAUAGUCGGACAGGGCGAGGUCUGGAGAGUACAGCGGGGGCGAUAAUAUUUCCCAAUCAAGUCCUUUCAAUGUGUCCUUCGUCAGUUUAGCGGUAUGAGACGGCGCGUUGUCAUGUUGCAAGAUAACCAUGCCAUGUUUUCGGGCCCAUUCCGGCCGUUUUUCGAUCAACGAAUUAUUCAAAUUGAUAAUUUGUUGUCGGUAGCGAUCCUUUUUAGCAAUUUUACCAAGGUUUGAAUAACUUGAAUUACACGACACCACAUGGGUCCCGCAAAUUCGAUUUACUUGGAACGAAACUCGACAUACUCACUGAGGAAAAAAAGUAUGAUGUUUUUAUUUUGACGGAAUGCGACUUGUGUAUUUCUUGAGGUUAAUCUCAACAGAAAAAAAUGACAUAUGUAUAUGUCGAAUGAUACAAAUGUAUAUAGUACUGCUAGCGACAUCAACAGUAAAACCGGCAAACUUCAACUAACACCCCUGGUAUAUCAGGGUUAUAAAGUCUUUUGUUAAAGUUAAUUAAGCGGGGUUUUAAAUUAUAAAUUAUUUUAGUUAGUCGUUAAGAAGCUCUUUUCGCGCUAAACUAGAGGGAAAAAUUUGUAAAUUAAGUUGUUUAACUCAUGCUUUUUAAUAGAAUAAAAAAAAGGUCUUUAA